GUCCUGACACACGUAAUGGCCAGAGGUUGCUCAGAUGACUUUCUCUUCCCAGCUCGCGACAUCAGCCUGUUGUCAUCUCAGCUUGCAACACCGUCUCGUCCUUGCUAUUCCCUUCCUACACGCUACCUGUACGUUACUUGUACGCCACAUACAUGUGGGUGAAUACGUGAUACCGCCGCCCUUCCCUCUUCCGACCCUCAUCCUCUCUCAUCUCUAUUCGUACUGGCCGCAGGAGCUGCUAUCGAGCGCUACCAUCCGUUCGAACCGCUCAGCUUGGAGGUGUUCCCUUCCCCAUCCGUGACGCCGAGUUCCGUCCUCUUCUCGCUGUCUGUCCCAGAAGCCUGCGAUAGCUCGGGCUGGAGCCCUCUGCCGAGAUGGGAGCGUUUAAUUACUUCCGGAUACUGGGAGACUGCUCCCACCUCCUCUCGAAAUGCAUCCUCAUCUUCGCCAUCCAUCGAAAUCGGAGCGCCGAAGGCGUCUCUAUGAUCACCCAGGUCUUCUACGCCGUCGUCUUCUGCACGAGAUACACCGACUUCUUCUCCGAGACGUCUAGCUGGAAUUACUUCUUCAAGCUCUUCUACAUCCUCUCCUCCUUCUACAUCAUUGGUGUCAUGCGUUGGCUGGUUCCGCGCACUAGGGAGCGUGAGGUCUCGUGGAAGCUCGGCGCUGCCGUGCUGAUGGGGUCGCUGUUCAUCUCGCCCUUCGUAAUGCUGAUAUUUGAUAGCAAGGAGAGAUGGGGUUUCAUCACGUGGAUGUACGACUUCUCCCUGAUCCUCGAAUCCGUCUGCGUUCUCCCCCAGCUGCUCCUCUUGCGCCAGACAACGGUGCCGACCGUCAUCGACUCCUUCUACCUGCUCACGCUAGGCUCGUACCGCGCUCUCUACAUUCUAAAUUGGAUCCAACGUGGGCUCGAUGUCAACGACCGCAAGCCCAACGCCGUGUCCGUCAUCUUUGGCAUCGUGCAGACUGCCCUCUACGUCGACUUCUUCUGGGUGUACUACACGCGCCAGCGCGUCAAGCUGCGUGCUGGUGGUAUCGUCGAUGCCGACGACAUCCGCCGUGGCUGGCUGCUCAACCGCAUCUUCGGACACCGGCGCUUCCAGCCGGUCGAAGGCGACGAGGAGAGCACUCCGGCUCUCGGUGACGGGAACGGCAAUGGCAGUGCGUCGUCUCAGCGCAGAUCCAAGUGGGGCGCCAGGGGUAUCUCGAUCAGUGCCGACGACGGCGUCCACGAGCAGGAAGCUCAGCGCGGCCCGUCGGAUGAUUUUACCGAUGCCGCCGCGGUCGACCCCGAUGCGCGGAUGAGGGACCCUGACGAGCUUGCGCGGGCCCUCGACGACGACGAUGAUGAUGAUGACAGCGAUGAAGGACUUCAAGCCCCGACAGGGAAAUCGCCGCACACGGAGUCGAAUAAUAAGGCCCCGAGCGGGGUUAGCAACGGCAGCGAGUGGCGAGACAACUAAGUCAGGUCAUCUUGGCCUAGUACCUCAAAUCAACAAGGGGGGGAUCUUCUGUCGCUGACAUAGAGUCUGAUCUAUGUUGGCGACACGUGCUGGUGGUUGCCGAAUUGUACGCUAGUUCAAGGGGUGGGAAGUAAUGGGCGUACGCGCGAGGGAGUUCGGUUUUUUCCACUGGUACGCGACGGUUUUUUUUCGGGGUGCGAAGUAAUGUCAUCACACUUGAGCAUGUCUCGAGAUAUCCUCGCAGGCCCACGUGUUACAUGUUCUGUGGGAGGUUUACGGCACAAGUAAAAGGCUCGGGAGCUGGCUGGAAGGCGUACACACAUCCCGGUUGGGUUCGAAUAGGGACACGAGGGCUACCACCAUGCCGUGAGCGGACAGGCCGGCGGAGAGAAAAGAUAGCCCAAACGUAUUCGGCCGAGAAAAGAUCCCAUACACAAGCACAUACAUACACUGCUGUUCUUGGAUUUGAAGAUGAGAUACGUAGGAGAGAGUCAGCAAUAUUGAGAGAUUAGCCACGUCAGCGCGGGGGUGAGUUGAGAAGUCGCUGACUCGCUCAAUGACAUCUAUGCGGUAAGGCUCUGUAGUUAUUCGGUGAGCUUCUUGUAUCGAUGGUCGGGUGUGUAUGAUGAAGGCUUAUAUCCG